GGGGCAAAGCCCGCGCCCCCCCGCGCCCGCCUCUGCGCAGAGGCUGGGGGCCUGUUUAUCUGGAGGCCCCCACCCCCCCUCCACCCCGGGGGGCCCGCUCCCCCCGCGCCCCGGGGAGCUCUGGGGCCAGAUAAGCUGGCAAGCUGGCACGGCGCCGCGCAGCGGGGCGGAGAGGUCAGAGGAGGGGGGGCGCGCCGGGGGCGGGCUGGACCCCCCCCCAACUUGACAAAACCUAAUAACAGCCCGGUCUCCCCGGCGCAGCGGGCGAAGCCCCACGGGAGGGCAGAGACGUGGCAAGAGGGGACCUGCCGAGCCUGUUCUGGCCUCCGAGGCCGGGGUGGGGGGGGCGGGCUGGGCGUGGGGGGGGCCGGCGGCUGCGGCACCUUUAAGACAAGGGAGGACCCCUCUUGCCCUCGGAGAAACCAGGAAGGGAGUCGCGAGCAUCAUACGGGGCUUUGGCUGUACUGUACAGUUACUGUAGGGGCAGUGACGCCGCCGCCGCCGCCGGAGCGAGGGAGCGACGAGGGGAGAGCGCGAGAGGCGGAGAGCGAGAGACGCGGACCCCGGAGGCGAGCGGCCGAGGAGCCCAGUCCCAACUCCGGGCCCCGGCCCCUCGCGCCCCGGCCCGGCCCGGCCCCGGCCCGGCCGCGCGAGGUCUCGGCGCGGAAGAUGGCCGGCGGCGUGGACGGCCCCAUCGGGAUCCCGUUCCCUGACCACAGCAGCGACAUCCUGAGCGGGCUCAACGAGCAGCGGACGCAGGGCCUGCUGUGCGACGUGGUGAUCCUGGUGGAGGGCCGGGAGUUCCCCACGCACCGCUCAGUGCUGGCGGCCUGCAGCCAGUACUUCAAGAAGCUGUUCACGUCGGGCGCCGUGGUGGACCAGCAGAACGUGUACGAGAUCGACUUCGUCAGUGCCGAGGCGCUCACGGCCCUCAUGGACUUCGCCUACACGGCCACGCUCACCGUCAGCACGGCCAACGUGGGCGACAUCCUCAGUGCCGCCCGCCUGCUCGAGAUCCCCGCCGUGAGCCACGUCUGCGCUGACCUCCUCGACCGGCAGAUCCUGGCGGCCGACGCAGGAGCCGACACCGGGCAGCUUGACCUCGUCGAUCAGACCGACCAGCGGAACCUGCUCCGGGCCAAGGAGUACCUCGAGUUCUUCCAGAGCAACCCCAUGAACAGCCUGCCCCCCGCCGCCGCUGCCGCCGCCGCCGCCUUCCCCUGGUCUGCCUUCGGCGCGUCCGAUGACGACCUGGAUGCCACCAAGGAGGCCGUGGCCGCGGCCGUGGCUGCCGUGGCCGCUGGCGACUGCAACGGCUUGGACUUCUACGGGCCGGGACCGCCGGGCGAUCGGCCCUCAGCCGGGGAUGGGGAUGAGGGCGACAGCAACCCAGGUCUGUGGCCCGAGCGGGAUGAAGAUGCCCCCACCGGGGGUCUCUUCCCACCCCCCGUGGUCCCGCCGGCCACCACCACGCAGAACGGCCACUACGGCCGGGGUGGGGAGGAGGAGGCGGCCUCGCUGUCGGAGGCAGCCCCCGAGCCGGGCGACUCUCCGGGCUUCCUGUCAGGUGCAGCCGAGGAUGGGGACGGGGACGGGCCCGAAGCGGACGGGCUGGCGGCCAGCACGCUGCUGCAGCAGAUGAUGUCAUCGGUGGGCCGGGCGGGGGCGGCGGCGGCGGGGGACAGUGACGACGAGUCGCGGGCAGACGACAAGGGCGUCGUGGACUACUACCUGAAGUACUUCAGUGGCGCCCACGACGGGGAUGUUUACCCGGCCUGGUCGCAGAAGGUGGAAAAGAAGAUCCGGGCCAAGGCCUUCCAGAAGUGCCCCAUCUGCGAGAAGGUCAUCCAGGGCGCGGGCAAGCUGCCUCGGCACAUCCGGACCCACACUGGGGAGAAGCCCUACGAGUGCAACAUCUGCAAGGUCCGCUUCACCAGGCAGGACAAGCUCAAGGUGCACAUGAGGAAGCACACGGGCGAGAAGCCGUACCUGUGCCAGCAGUGCGGGGCGGCCUUUGCCCACAACUACGACCUGAAGAACCACAUGCGCGUGCACACGGGCCUGCGUCCCUACCAGUGUGACAGCUGCUGCAAGACCUUCGUCCGCUCCGACCACCUGCACAGACACCUCAAGAAGGACGGCUGCAACGGCGUCCCCUCGCGCCGCGGCCGCAAGCCCCGCGUCCGGGGCGGGGGGCUCGGAGGGCCCGAACCCUCCCCGGGGGCCGCUGCCCCGCCUGGCGCCCCGGCCCCGCCCGGCUCCCCUGAUGCCCGGCGCAACGGCCAGGAGAAGCACUUUAAGGACGAGGAGGAGGACGAGGAGGCGGCCAGCCCCGAGGGCCUGAGCAGGUUGAAUGUAGCGGGUGCCGGCGCAGGGGGAGGCGACGGGGGCACCGGGCCUACCGCCGACGGCAGCUUUGCGGCCGGACUUGCCUGAAAACCAAAAAGAGAAAACAAAAACCCGAGAGAGAGAGAGAGAGAGAGAGACAGAGACAGAGAGAGAGAGAGAGAGAGAAAGAGAAAAUCACCCACCACCCCCCAAAAAACACAAAAAAAGAAAAUCUAUCUAUAUACAGAUAUCUAUAUCUAUAUAUAUAUAUACAGAUAUAUAUAUAUGAAACGUCACAGAAUCUAGGGUAGUGCUUUUCUCAGAUUUUUCUCCUUCAUGAUGUUCUCUCCCUCCACGGGGACCCUCGCCCCCGCUCCGGCUCCCCAUCCCCCCAUCCCGUCGAUGGGUUUCGGGGCUCACUUUGGGGGUUUUGUGGGACACAGAUGCGGAGGCCCCCGGACGUCCCCCAGCGCGGAGUCUGGGGUCCCAUCUGAGGCCUGGUCAGGGCCCUAGGCCCCAGGUGGGGGUGAGGGUGGCCGUGAGGGGCUGGGGACGGGGGGUGGGGUGGGCUUUUGUUUUCCUCCCCUCGCUGGUUUCUACGAGUCUUUCAGACAGGACCUUAAACGCUCUCUGUCCGCUGUGAGUGGACGUUAAAAUGUACCCCGUCCCCACCCCCCACCCUCCUUCCUCAGGGCACUUACUAAGUGGGGGUCUCCCCGCCUCCGUCUCCCCAAUGGCCUCCCCACCUCCUGGUCCUGCCUGUGGUCCUCUGUGUCUCCUGGCCGCUGUGACACAAAUCUAUUUAUUUCCAGGCCUGGAGAGAGGGGAGCCCCGGGGCGUGGGGGGUGCGGGGGGCACCAGGGCGGCUCCCAGGGGCUCCCGCCGCCUCCCUUCUCGGCACUUACACCCCGGCGGACCCCCACCCCCACCCCGGACCUCCGCUCAGGGCGCCCCCCUCCCCCUGGCCCCACCUGCACUCCCUGACCAGGCCGCCCAGACCCCACGAGACGACGUUUGGAGAUUCGAAACUUUUUUGUCUUCACCCUCCGACCCCUGCCCUCUCCCCAAGUUUUUAAAGCACUUUUUAGAUUUUUUUUUUCUUUUCCUCCUUAAAAACAAAAUUUAUAUAUAGAUAUAUAUAGAUAUAUAUAUAUAAAAUAUACUUUCCUCAGUGGAGCAGACAACAGUGUGGGGCAGACCAGCCCAGAGCAGAGGGAGCCCAGGGUCUUGUGGUGGCAGGGAGGAGGGGAGCGAGUCCAGAAGUUCCGGUGUCACAAAAGCAAUAAAAACAAGAUUUUACAAAAUGAAAGGAAAAACAAAAAACAAAAAAAAAACAAAAAAAAAAAAAACAAAAAAAACAUAAAAAAAAAGACAACCAACCACAAAUAGAAGUCUCGGCACUUUGUAACAGAACGGGUACUACACUUUAUCUUAAUUCUUAAUUUAAAAACAUGUUUACAAGUCGCAACCAACUUCUAUGAAAAGUCGAAAAGACAAAAAAAAUAAAAAAUAAAA